AAUGAUUCCUAAAGUUAUUUAGCUUAUUGAUACACUAUUUGAUAAUGUUGAUCAAUUGAUUUACUAAUCCUAAACUCUUUCUAAUUAGUAUCAACGGGAUGUAGAUGUAACAAUUAUUAAUUCAUUAUUAGUUUAUUGUUGAUCAAAUCAAAAAUGAAUUAGGACAUGUCAACCCAAAUAUUAUAAGGAACUAUUCAUUCAAGAUUAUUGAAGUAUUUUAUCAAAUUAUAUCAAAGUUACAAUCUAUUAAUACUGCUGUGUAGUAAAUUAAGAUUUCAUUGGACAUCUUUUUCAACAUUCCAUCAAAUCCAAAAAAAAAGAAAGCAUACCCUAUGUAUCAAGAUGGCAAAUUGUAAAUCAUUUUUAACAUUUAGAAAUAUUUCCCGUAUUAAAUCAUUAAUUCAUUAAUAAAUACAGGAUUUAAAAGAGCUAAGUGAAAUUUAAGAUGUUGAGAACUAUUAAGAAAAUGAAUUUGAUAAAAUUUGCAUCUUUAGAUUAUCUUAGAUUUAUUAAAAUUAAAUAGAUGAUUUACAUUAUUAGUUUUAAUAAGAAUAAAUUAAAAAUAAUCAGCAUUUUAAUAUUUUAAAUGAGAAAUAUUAAGGUAUUAUUAAUGAUAAAAUAUUUAUUAAAAUAUCAUGCUAAAUACAAAAUUAUGAAAUCUUGAUGAAUUUAAUUGAUGAUUACAGAGAUAAUUUAUUUGAAGUUUAUAAAAACAAAAUUGUUUAAAGUGAAAGUACUAUUUACAAAAGUAAAUCAUAAACAUAGUCUCUUUUGUAUAAAUCCACUUCCUCUUUAGAAUUAAUUGAAGAACAUUAUCAAAUUAGUUCAAGAUAGCAUCCCUUAUUCAAAUAUCAUAAAUAAGAUGAGAUUAAAAAUAAAAAAUCUCACAGCAACCCUGAGGUAUGCGUUAAAUGCAUAAUUUUUUGA